AUGUAUUUAUUAGGUGCUAAUGACGAAAGCGAGAAAGUAGACUGCCCCGAAGACGGCAAUCAGGCGGCGGCUUUUGUAGGGGUGAACAGCUCGCACUCCCUGGGGAAACAGCGCAAAGCGCGUUGGCGCUCGUACCGAGCGGUGCGGCGACGCUGGGAGCGUUCCGCAGCACGCGGCUGGGCUCUGCUACUGACCAGCAGUAACCAGAGCAUCCAGCGGAACCCCGAACUGCAGACGGAAGUGAGCUCAGGAGCGCACGAGGUGGAGCUGGGUGGUAGUGCUGGUGCCGGUGUCGACAGUACCGGAACCAGACAGCCUGGCGUCGAGGAGGUGGCAAAGGCGACUGAUGCGGCGAAAAGGGCGGCUGCUUGCAAGAAUGAUCGCAUCGGAGCAGGCCUGGUCGAAGAUAUUGUUUCUGUGGAAGAUUCCGAGGCCACCAAUGACGCUAUCACUCAUGCAGGUACCGUAAGCGACAAACGGGUCGUUUCUCGCGAUACCGGAACGUGCGCUGGUGUCAGUGCCCUGCCGCCUCUGCCGCGACUCUCCUCGAAGAAUCGUCAACAGCGGUUGCAGUUUGCCCGCCGUUCGAUCCUGGUGUCCCGGUCAUGGCGACAAUGGGAGCCACCGAACAUCGCGCCUGUGGCUAGCGUGGACUCGCUGACGCAACAGCAGAUGCCGAGAAGGCCCCAGAGGACAUUCAUGAUGCGUUUGCCUGCACCGCCGCCAGGCUCGGGGCUGCUACGUUUUCUGCCUGGGUCGAAGCGUGCCGCAUAUCGACGAGCUGGACAUCGUCUGUUUCAGGUCUUCCGCCGUAUGCAGCACACGGCGCCCGCGGAGGAACCCAUCUUGCCUUCGAAGGUAUCAGACCUAGCGGGUGAUCUUGGCCCUGAUCCAGAGCAUAUGAGAGCCAGCAUGGGCGACUUUGGCGUGCAACAGACGUCCACUGAGACGAACGAGAGCACACGAGCAUCAGCAACACCAGCAUCGCAGACGAAACGCAAUACAUGGAAUCGAACGCAAGGCUCGCAUGCACCCACUCUCCGAGGCCUGAGCCUCCUACCAGCACUCUUUCGUGACGGUAGAGAUGGCACUUGCUCUAGUGAGCGUCCGGUUGUGCAGCGAGCGUUUCACGAUCCCCUCCGAGUCACUCGCUUGCGCGCCCGUCGACUGCGUAGACCGUUGCUGCUUGCGUUGCGGGCAUCGCUGCUCUCGGUUCAGAUCAUUUUUCGGUCGAUGAUCAUGAACUUUCCUGGCAUGGCAAGAUGGUUGCGGGCACGUCAAGCCGCCCACGUGAACGCUAUGAUUCGAAAACACGCAGCGAUCGCUUUCCCGAUGCUCGAAGAGGUUGAAUGCACACAACUGGAGGAUGACGGGAGCAGCAUCCAUUCCGAUAACGAAUCGGGAGCAUGCACGCCUGCGGAGCAAAUCUGCAUCGAUGAGGACGGUGUCGCAGAAUUCCUGUGUGCAGAUGGCCAUGUAGACGCAUGCCUAGGAAACAUUGCCGGUAUGGCGAAGAACAACAACCCCGAUACAUCUCUGGCAUCGCGUGUGCCGUGGCAUUCGGAUCUUGGUGAUCCAGCGCCUCGCCUUACCGGUCCUGGAAAGGCGCAGGUAUCGAAACACACACAAAGUGAAUCCCUCACACAGGUGCUCGAUGCAGCAAGCGUGGGCUCUACGGGGAGCGCAAAUGCCGCUGCCGCCGCGUCUUGUACGCAUCAUCCACCCGCAAGGGCGACAUCCUCCCGCGGGACAUCACAGGCCCGGUCGAGACGCUUGCUCGAAACAGAUUCGCACUCGGCCGACGACGACGACGAGAACGACGAGAACGUGAAACUUUUCCAUGCCCGACCGUCUGCGUCCCUGCCACACGAAGAGGAUGACAAAGAUUCCCGAGAUCGUUCGAGCUGUAGGGUCAGCACCUUGGAACGGCCUCAACCGAAACGAGGCUCGCGACCAAACAAACGCGCGACAGCUGGUGCCUUCAAAAGGACGUUCAACGCAGGAUCGUCUUUAAGCGAGACCUCGAAUGAUCAUUUUCGGGUCCUGGAGAUAGGCGGUGUUUGGACGGAGGUUCUCGUGAUCCACUCGAAUGCGGCACAAGCGACGCGCGCAUCCCCACAGGCCGAGCGCUUGCCUUCGCUCGGUUGCAAGUCGCUGUCGGUGAGCUCCAUGGGAUCCUCAAUAGACCUGGACGACUGGAAGACGCCCUCGGGGAACGACAUGAUCCUCGAUGAUGGUACGGUAUCACCGGGAAACAACCGCAUUUCCGUGAACAACGGUGAACCUGCAGCCGCUUUGCAUCGGGGAUGCAGUGUCUCCCUGGGAACAGGCGUGCACCUGGACUCGACAAGCUCGGAUGCGCCGACGAUGAAUGGAAUGCGUCGCAUCCGCAGCAGCAGCAGCAGCACGCUGCCCUACACACGUACGUUCAUUCGAUCCCAGCAGCACGGUGCGGUAGCGGUAUCGCGUUCACAGCCGUCCGCGCAACAAGCACCCAGCGACUCGCAGCGGCAUCUCGAUACGAGUAGGAAUCCAGUCCAACCGGGGCGUCGUCGCCGGUGUCAGGUUGUGUUCCUACCGGGUAAUCCGGGCUGUAUCGAGUUGUACGAGUCCUUUCUCCUGCAGUGCGCAGCGAUGCUGGCUCAGGCAGGCAACCCGUCCGUUGAAUUCGUCAUCCAUGGUGUUGGACUCGCCGGGCACGACCUUAGAGGCCUGAAUCGCCCCGGACGCUUCUUCGACCUGUCCGAACAGACCCGCCACAAACUCGCCUACAUUCGGGAACACGUCGGUUGGUCAUUCGCCGAGGAUUCGAACUACAUCAAUGACGACAUCGACAUCGACGAUAACGAGGACCUCGUCUUGAUUGGCCACAGCACCGGUGCACAUAUCAUCUGCCGGAUGCUGGAAGCGAGUCCAGCGCUAGCGGAACGAGCGCAUGUGAUUCUACUUACCCCAGCGAUCGCUGAGGUUGCCGACGGUAUCCGCACCGCUUUCCGUCAACGAGCGUUUAUAUUUCAGCGCGGAGCUCGACACAUUACGGCGGGUUUGGCGAGCAUGAUCCUCCGCGUCGCGCCCGAGCGUAUGGUCAGUGAUCUCAUUGAUGAGUUUCUGGCACAUCGGGCGACACCUCAGGUUGCUCGCCGUAUUCGGGACCUCUUCCGACUCGCCGCCGACAAGUACCAUCUUUUCCUGAACGUUCUCGCGCUUGCUGCUGACAAGUGUCUUCACAUUGGCGACAUGAAUAUCGCGCUGCUACGCCGUUUCGCGCGCCGACUCGUCAUGUACUAUGUGCCGGAUGACCCGUUUGCAACUUCUGAUCAGUGCGCCCGAGUUCGCCGACAAGUCCCCGAGGCACAUGUCGAGUAUGAGAGCGGUCAGAUUUACCACGGCUUUAUCUUGAGCGAGCAGCAAACCGAAUACGUGGCCCGCAAAGUCGUUCACUGGGUGCUGGAGGCAGUGCGUCGGCCGCCGUCUACAUCCGGUGCCGGUGGUUGA